GUUGUCGUGUCGCGGGGAAGAGAUGUAUUUACUGAAUACCGUCUUACUUCUCGUCCGAGGGACAUUGGUGUCUGGUGCCCUCAACAACCUAGCCCUGGGGAAACCCACGAAGUCUUCAACCUUCACAAACAACAAAGCCAGAGCAGUAGAUGGCAACAGGGAAGCAGUUUUUUCAAGAAAUUCGUGUUGGGAGAGCCAAGACCACGACAUGGAGCCGUACUGGAUGGUUGACCUUCAAAGUCACUUCUUUGUGGAAUACAUAACUGUCACCAACAGAGUGGAUUGUUGCGGUGAACGAAUGCAUGACUUAAAGAUUGAGGUCUUCGCGGAUGAUCCCGUACUGGACCCCUCAGCUCCCUCACGUCUAUGUGCCACGUAUGAUGGACCAAUGGCUGCUGGGGCAACAGAAAAUAUAUCAUGUUCUUGUGCUGCCCAAGGGCGUUAUGUCAGAAUUCGGGGUCUUGACAGAACGGCAUAUAAUGAUCUAUUAACACUGUGUGAAGUGGAAGUGUUUGAGCGAGAACAAAUACGGUGUUUCAGCACCGAUCGUCACCGUUUGGAGGGAACCAGGUACGUCGGUGAUGUUGUCCCAGUUGAUGUCGUAUCUGCAGCUGAAUGCAGCACCUACUGCAGUUACAACAUAACCUGCGUCGGCUUCAACUACAACUACAACACGCAAGGCUGUGAGCUUAGGCUGGGAUCUGCCGAUGCAACAAGUGAUAAUGACUGGUUCUAUUUCUUCCAAAACUUAUGUCUGUGAGAAACACACUGGUGUGUUCCAGAAUACGAGAAGACUGGAUCACAAUAUCGUCUCUGAUGCAUCGUCCAUCGUAUUUCAUAUAACAACGCAGCCAUGCUUCUUGCAAACUUCUUGAAAACUGGGAUUGUUUUCUUCCACCUUUCAAAUCUGUCAGGCCCUGCCACCCAUGAGGGGCUAGUGUUUAAAGUCUUCGCUCGUCAUGACUCUAAGACCAGGGCUCGAUUCCCCACAUGGGUACAAUGUGCGUGGUGUUUCCUGGCGUGAUAUCGCACGAAUAUUGCUAAAAGCAGUGUAAAGCUAAACUCACUCACUAUCAUCAAAGCAUGUGGUAGUUUAUUGGUACUGUUUCUCUGGAGAAAUUCUUUGAAACAGUAACUUGUCUCCAAUAACUGUACUAUUUGUGA